AUGGAUAAUUUCGAUGGUGAAUAUUGGAAGAUAAAAUCCGAUAAAAGACCUCGAAUACCUAAUAAUAAAUAUAUAACUGGCUUAUUAUUCGAAAAAUCACCUAAAACAUCAGACUCUGAGAAACCUACAACCAAAGUUAUAAAAAAGAAAUUAUCCAGUAGCAGCAAUGAUAUAAAUUUUAAUGAAUUGACCAACUCACAAAAUAGUUUAAACAAUAGCAAUAAUAGUAGCAAUAAUAGUAGCAAUAAUAGUAGCAAUAAUAGUAGCAAUAAUAAUAAUAAUAAUAAUAAUAAUAAUAAUAAUAAUAAUAAUAAUGAUAAUAAUGAUAAUAAUUAUUCUUAUAACUAUCAAGAAGAUAGUAUAAUUUAUGAGAGUAGUGAUAAUGAUAGCAGUGUUAACUAUAGCAUUAACUAUAGCAUAACCCAUUAUGAAGACAGCAUUAUAUUUGAAAAUGACAGUGAUGAUGAAGAUAGUAUAACCAACAUUUUAAGUCAAUCAAAAGAAAUGGCAUUGGAUAUACCUAAUAAUGAUAAUAAUAAUAUUAAUAAUAAUAAUAUAACCACCUCGACCAAUAGCACCCAUUCUAGUAUCACUUUUAUUCAAAAUAAUAAUAUAGAUACUCCAAAGAUAACAACCACCACUACAACUACCUCCACAACCUUGACGUCACAAGAAAAAAUAAAAAAAGAAAUAAAUAAUAAAAACAAAGAAAAUAUCUAUAUUGAGCCAAAUAUUCUUAAUAAUAUUGGUAACAACAAUAACAAUAACAAUAAUAAUAAGAAUAUCAAUGGUAAUAACACAUUAGAUUAUAAUAUUAAAAUAGAAAAUAAUACAACCCACCAUAAUCAGAGCCAACACCAUGACCCUUUGAAACCUGUAGUUUUAAAUAGCAAUAAUAGUAAUAAUAGUAAUAAUAGUAAUAUUAAUAACAACGAUUUUAAACAAAAAAUAAAAAAGAAAUCUAGGUUAGAAUCAACUUUGGAUGGUAUUUAUUGGUAUUUUGAUCCAACCAAACCCAGACAAAGACAACCAGUAACAAAUAUAAAAACUGAAAGUGAUAAUGUUAAGCCUGAAAAGACUAGUACCAUCACUAGUGACAACUCAAAAGAUAAAAAAAAGGAAAAAGAAGAUAAAAAUAGAGAAAAAGAUGAAAAGAAAAAAGAAAAAGAUAGGGAGAAAGAAGAAAAAAAAAAAAAUAAAGAAAUUAAGAAGAUCCUAAAAAAGGAAAACGAAAAAAAUGAAAAGGAUGAAAAGGUCAAAGAAAAAGAAAAAAAAAAAAACGAAAAAAAAGAAAACAAACUACCCUCAUCAUCGAUACUAGAUACUUUCAAAAAGAAUAAAAAGAGCACUACAGAUGACAAUCAAUCUACAGACACAGCCACUCUCAAGAGUAAAGAUGAAAAAGUUAAAGUUUCGUUUUUACUAUCGCCAACCAAAGACAAGGAAAAAGAAAUAAGAUAUGAAUUUGUGUUGCUAAAAGAAAAGAUCAAAUUAAAUUUUAAUACUCAAGACGAAGGUAAUGACACAGAUAGCCAUAAUAGCGAAGAAAGUGUUAUGGUUGACCACUAUGAAGGAGAUUUUGAAAGUACUCAAAAUAACAACGACAACAAUAGUAAUAAUAAUAAUAAUAAUAACGAACUAUUACAAAGAUCACAAUCAUUAUUAGGAUUAGUAAGUGAUGAUUUUGGAAAUCAUCAUUUCGAACAACAAAAAUCAAUUGAUACAAGGUUUUCGACCAAUUUGAUAAUGGUAUUUUUCCGGGUAAAGGUUUUCCAAAAUUUUGAUCCCCCCUUAAACAGAAACUUUAAAGGGGGUUUUCAAAUUUUUAGGGGCCCGUUAAAAAGCAAACCCGGGUUUUCCUUUUUUAUUUCCCGCAAAAAAGGUUGUUGUGGUUUAACCCCCCUAGGUGUUGCAUUUGGGGAUUUGAAAAAUCCCUUUUUGGGAAAAAAUUUGUAA